GCGUGUUUCAGGAAGAAGUUGGCGCCUGAAGCUUCCUAUUGAAGUAGCUAGCACGCUAACCGAAGCCAUGUAAAACAUCGCACCGUAGUGAGUUUUCUCCUUUAAGUUGUUAAAGGUACUUCAGGAUGAACGACAUGGAGUUCAGCGUGCCGCUGUCCUCGCUGGCCCUGCUGGUCCCGCCGCUCCGGCUCAUGUCGGCCGUGAUGUGGGAGGUGGUGCGGCAGCGCAACAUCAAGCACUACGGGAAGCUGGAGGAGUUCGUGUCCAUGGUAACGGAUGCAGUUCCUGAACUGAUGAGUAAAAGAGAAGGGAGACUGCUCUCUCUGGGCCUGAGAGCAAGGACAACUCUGGAGCUGCUGCGCUCUGAGCAUCCUGAAGAUCUGAAGGCAGUCGAGACUCAUCUCAACAGAAUCCGAUCUUCAUGCAUCGAGGAGACCAAUGAUCCUGUGAUUGAAGCUCCGGAGGCGAACUUCAUGAAGCUGGUGCAAGGCCUCAUCGAAGACACUGAUGGCAGGGAGCACUUUCUCAAGAAUGUGUUUCCAGUAGAAUAUGGCCCCGACUUUGACACGGCGCUGGAGACGUUGGUUUGUGAAUUCUUUACAAGACUGGAAGAGCUCCUUCCCAUCCCGGACUUCAAGCAGACGGCGUCGUGGAUCAGCGCCGCCCCGGCCGUCCUGGAGGAGUACAUGCAGUGUGUCUCAAAUGGGGAGGACCUUAAAUUUCUUCUCCAGAGCAAACAGUGCCACGGAAAACUUGCAAAGAGCACCACUGCAGCACCGUUUCAAUCGGACGACCUUCUGAUUCCAUCUCUGUCUCUCCCUCCUUCCCUGGAGGUGGCGAUUGCGUCCCACCCCAGUGCUUGUGACGACGAAAACAACGACGUCCCCCAGAUCGUGAUGUUUGACGAAGAGCUUUCCACAAACCCUUCCACCUCCACGGACUUCCCAGAAUCACCGAAAAGGGCCGACAUGUCCUCGUCCCCGAGCAGGAAGCAGCAGUUGGGGCUCCACAAGUGCCCCGAGUGUGGCAAAUGUUUCAAGCAUCACUCCGUCCUCAUCGAGCACAGGAGAGUCCACAGCGGCCUGCUGCCCUACAGCUGCUCGGAGUGCGGGAGGGCCUUCAGGACGGCCACCCUGCUGGCCGGCCACCGGCUCCGCAAGUGUAAAAACGCUGCGUACCUUUGCAUUAAAUGCGGGAACAGUUUUCCGACCUCGCUGGACAAAUUCCGACACCACUGCCCAAAACGCGCGCCCAACUACGACUGUGGGCAGUGCGGAAAGAGCUUUCCCAAGUCCAGCGGCCUGAAGGAACACCUGCUGACUCAUGCUCAGAGCCGCCUGUUCAAGUGCAGCCACUGCGGCGUUGGGUUUUCGGGAAUCGGGGACCUGAAGUAUCAUCAGCAGGUGGACCACGACAAGCCCUAUCAGUGCAAGCAGUGUGGAAAGAGUUUCAUCUCUUCCAAGAGUCUGGCCAAGCAUCAACAACGGCACGAAGAAGGUGGUGACAUGGAGACGGCUAAGUUAAUGAGUGGAGGUAAACUUAGGAAAAGUGUCUCCAGCCACCGGACUGCUGCGUGCCUGUCUUCCAGGAAGACCUCCAUCAAAGCCAUCUACCCCCGAGGUAGAGUCACGCACAACUGUCCACUGUGUGGACGGAGCUUUAAGUAUCGCUUCGAGUUCCUGGAACACCAGAGGUUCCACACGGCGGUGAAACCGUACAAGUGCUCUCAGUGCGGGAAGGCCUUCCGCACGGAGGCGCACCUGUCCGGGCACAGGAAGAGGAAGUGUAAAAACGCUGCUCACGUCUGCACCAAGUGUGGUUGUCAAUUCAGAUCCCUGCACGAGCGGGUCCGGCACCAGUGCGUGCAGCUGCUGACCAAGUACGAGUGUUCUCACUGCGGGAAGACCUUCAAGAUGGCCCACCUGCUCCGGAACCACCAGAUGAGCGAGCACCAGCUCCCGUACAGCCCCAACCACCGCUUCCGCUGCCGCUACUGCGACGAAACCUUCCCCGGCAUCAGCGAGCUCAAGUACCACCAGAGAGUUGACCACGAGAAACCCUAUCAGUGUCAGGAGUGCGGGAAGUGCUUCCUGUCUGAGAAAUGCCUGGCCAACCACGAGCUGCGCCACAACGACGAGCGGCCCGAGAGCUGCAUGGUGUGCGGCCGCGGCUUCAGAAACCGCUACGACCUGAAGCAGCACAUGCGCACUCACACGGGGGAGCGGCCGUACCAGUGCACGCACUGCUCGCAGUGCUUCUCCACGGCCGGGGGGCUGAGGAGCCACACCCGGGUCCACACGGGCGAGAAGCCGCACGUCUGCCCCGACUGCGGGAAGGCCUUCUCUCAGAUGGGCGCCAUGCGCACGCACCGGCUCACCCACACCGGGGAGAGGCCCUUCAAGUGCAGCGUGUGCGGCAAGGGCUUCACCAUGGCCCACAAGGUGACGGUGCACAUGCGCGUGCACACGGGCGAGCGGCCGUACGUGUGCUCGCAGUGCGGGAAGGCCUUCUCCGACGGCAGCGUGCUGAAGCAGCACAUGCUGAACCACUCGGGGGUGAGGCCCUACCACUGCCAGAUCUGCCCCAAGACCUACACCUGCCUCAACCACCUGAGGAGGCACCUGAAGAGCCACGCCAGCAUGACCUGACCGGGGCACACGCCCCUCACCAUAGACAUAUAAACAUAUCC